CGCGGCCUCGGCGCGCGAGACAUGGCACCGUUACCAGAGCCGCUCGCCCUGCUGGCUGCCCUCGGCGUUCUGCUCUCAGGAUGUGCGACGAAGACCGUGACGCUGCCUGACCUGCCGUCGGACGGCACCUGCUGUCAGACCACGCCGGCCGCCUCCCAGGCCAGCGUCCGGCCGGGUGGCGUCGACUUCCGCAGCGCCCGGCGAGUGUGCGCUGGCGAGAGUCCGACCCAGCAGUACACCAUCUUCACCGGGUUUGACCAGGCGGCCGGUGGCCGGUGGCUGUUCGGCUGCGGCUCGGAGGCGCGUCCCAGCUGCAAGCGGCUCGCCCGGGCUGCCUGCACCACCGCCUGCCUCCUCGACCGGACCUGCUACCUCCGCUUCGACACAGCGGAACCGUUUCUGCAGAGAACGAGCAUCGACCAGAGCACGAGGACGCGCACGAAUUCUGUGGUCGAGACCAUUAACACUGGCGAGCGCAGCGACGUGGACCGGAACAACACCGAUGGCGAAACCAUACACACCAACGAGACAGACACCCUGCGUGAACGAGUCAACACCACCUCCGACGAAAGGAAGAAGCGGCGCAUCCGUGCGCUGAACAUCACCUCCGGAAGCCUACACGGCAUCGGCCGCUCUAUUCUGGACGCCCCGACUCCUGUGAUUCGCAAAGAGUUACCACCGCUCGGAGACCGCACCAUGGGACCGUUCCCCGGAGAAACGACCUCUCUUGCCAAAGAGGGCUACUGCUGCACGAUGCCACUGGCCCAGGUGCCGAAGCCGCUGGCCGGUGUCACCACCCUGGCCGAGUGUCAGAAGCGCUGUCAUGAAGACCGCUACUCCAUGGCCGUUCGUAUCAGUAUGACCAAGUGGGCCUGUGCGAGCCAGCGGCUCCGCAUCCGUUGCAGUCCUCGUGCCAGCUGCCACCGGUGUUUGCUUGAACCCACGUGCCUGACCGUCUUCAGAAUCUCGCUGGCCUUGACGAUCAACACAGUGAGGAGAAGGUCGGAGGACUCGGCGUUCGGUGUCAUAACGACCGACACCGGCGACACCAGCCACAUCAGCAACAGGCCCAUCGGAGCCGAUGGUACCCAAAGACGAAGGACCAACAUCCGCAACGACUCCACAACGGAUGUUAGCGGGAACCGCCUCUCGCGCCAAGUCACCAGCGUCGGCACUCAAAUAUUUCGGCCAGCAUCGGGCUCGAUCUCGGGCUCUCUGAUCGUAACAUCCAGCACCGGCGGAGUCGGCUCCAUGACCACAGCUCUGAACACCACCGUCACCAUCGGCAUCAACGACAACAGCUCCACCAGGCGCAACCUCGCCCGGCCCGGCAUCCAAGCGGGAUACAUGCAGGACGAUGUGGCCCGAAACGUCACGGAGAACAGGAGCACGCUGCAGCGGAGCGCUGAGGACUCCAGAAACGCCACGCGGUCCGUCAAGUCACGCGGCGACAAAGCCGGAGAGCUGCUGCCGGGCCUGAGCGGCCCGGUGAACGGCACCGCCUCUCUGACGGCCAGCGAGCGCAACGGUACCCACCUCAUCCGUGACACGCGUCUGCGCUCCACCAACGAGCGGCGCGCCGGGCACAGCGAGCUCACCACCCCCGGCGGGACCACGCGGCGGAACGUCAGCACCGGCGGCAGCCUGUCCACAGGCGUCGAGCAGAUCAGGGGCCGUAACGACACCACCAGAACCAGCACCAGGUUCACCAGUCACGACCCCAGUCUAGGCACGGUCAGCAUCGGCCGAAAUGAGCGCACCUCGGACUCUGUCACCGCCCGACGGGGGACGAACGCCACCAGCACUGCUGACGCGUCCCGCACGCUCACCACCUGCGCGCAGACCAGCUGCGAGAGAGACGUGACAAAGCAGUCGCGGGGCGAGCGCACCAACCUCUCCCACGGCCGCACCGAGGUGGUGUCCCAAGAGGUGGUGAAGACCAGCGACGUGCGUCCGGCCGGCUCGCUGCCGAACAUCAGUGUGAAGGCGACGCGGCUUGACCAGGCGCGCACCGAUGACAACCAAAGCCAGGCCAGCGGCGUAAUGCACGAGACUUCCUCGCACCAAGACCGCGGACCAGGCUUCCAAGACAGCCGGCAGCGCAACCGGACGACGAAACAAAUUAUCAACACUUCCGAACACUCCCAAGAGGUGAAGACAAAGACUAUGCUACGGUACACCACCGAUUGAGUUGAGCAAAGCCGACCCGGCCCUGCCGGCGAGGGCCGGAGCGGGGCAGCGGCGGCGGUGGGCCGCCUUCGCAAUAACCUCCGCAGAGAAACACACCGCUUGCCUGCUCCGCGUGUGGGUUCGGCCUGGACAGUGGUGAAUGUCGUUUUCAUCAAUCGGAAGGAUUUCUACGGCGCUCGUUUUGACCGGAACUCAGGACAAUUUCUGAAUACAGAUGAGUUCCUGCGUUCAGCACGUGUGAUGUCAUGUUGGAUUACGCUUGACAGGAUGGUGCACUAAAUACGAUGCCGACGAUUUCCUUGUGUGGCAUCACCUUAGGCUAAAUCUAAUAGCACGCAAGACAGAGACUGAGAGUUACGUCGAUCUGGCCGGACACGAUUAGUGCGAUUCCGAGCCGGACUCCUGAUGCCUUCAGUCUGGGUCUGGGCCCUGAACCCGUCCUUUGCAGCAGCUCUCUGGACCCAAUCCUAGAUCAUUGGCUACGAGUCUGAGCUCGCUCGUUUUCACAGCGCAUGAGUCCGAGUCCUACUAGGAGUUCGGGUCACAGUCUCAGUCCUACGGCAGUGACGUUGUGUCCAUCAGUUCUUUGCGGGGUCGCACGGAGCCAUGAUACUUUCCUUUCGGGUUGUCAGGGAAAGGAACCACCAUGAAUAAAGCCUUCGCAGGUUUUGGUCCGUAAAUCUAAUGCAAUGUGAUGUAAAACAAACCUAACCUAGCCUCUAACAUUACCGCGCUUAGUACCAAAACAUUUCGGAGACAGUGUUUGUUUGAAAUAAUAGGUUUCACCGUCAGUGAAUACUUCUUUUUUUCUUCUCUACUAUAUGCCAGCUGGAAGAGCUUGGGUCCGGGUCCACUGUGAUGAGUCGAAGUUUGAUUCAGUGUCAAAUGAAUGCCCGUACUUCAGUCCAAGUUCAUGCCGUCUGACACCGUAUUCCACACCCCUGCUUUGUACAUCUGACGCUAAGCUGGCCAUGCCUGACACCGCGACUGACCAUGGUACCACGGCUGACCAUGUCUUACGCCGCGGCUGACC